AGCUGCAGACAGAUAAGGGUUGCCUUGGGUUUCUGAGAAACUGCUUCUCAAGUUCUUUCCGCAGCUGUCGGCCUCCCCCAAACCCAGGGCUGGACGCUGUGGACAAAGCCAGCAGGGCAGCUGGAGCAUCUCUGGACACACAUGAAAACUCAUCAAUAGUUAAAAGCUCCAGCCCCUGGGGGAGAGCCAGGCCAGGGUCACUGGUCAGCGUGGCUUAAAAGAAGCACCCAGGGCCAGCCCGUUCGCACUGGCUGGGCACCCACCUCCAGCUGCGUGGCAGGACCUCAGCUUCCUGCAUCUCCAGCUGCUCCACAGGUGCUGGCUGCAGCCCUCAGGGCAGGUGGACAGUUCCAGGGCUGUGAAUGUCUCCAUGUCCCCGGGAAGUUUCGUUUGAAUAAAAUCAGGAAACCUUCACUAACAAAAUGAAGAUCCUCCUAAUUAUAUCAGUCCUGAUCGUUUGGACUAAAACACUGGCAGAUCAGAGCCCAGGGCCAGGCCCUGAGUACGCAGACGUGGUGUUUCUGGUGGACAGCUCCGACCACCUGGGAACUAAGUCUUUCCCUUUUGUGAGAACCUUCAUCAGCAGAAUGAUCAACAGCCUCCCCAUCGAGGCCAGCAAGUACCGUGUGGCCCUAGCCCAGUACAGCGACUCGUUCUACAAUGAGUUCCAACUGAACACCUUCAAGAGCAGGAACCCCAUGUUGAACCACCUCAAGAAGAACUUCAUGUUCCAGGGGGGCUCCCUGCGCAUCGGGAAUGCUCUCUGGGAGGCUCACAGGACUUAUUUCUCCAGACCCACGAUCAGCAGAGACAAGAAACAGUUUCCCCCGAUUCUGGUGGUCCUGGCUUCAGCUGAGUCCGAGGAUGACGUGGAAGAGGCUGCCAAGGCCCUGCGGGAGGACGGGGUGAGGAUCGUCUCAGUGGGGAUGCAGAGGGCUUCUGAGGAGAACCUGCGGGCCAUGGCCACAGGCCAGUUUCACUUCAAUCUUCGGACAAUCAGAGACCUCAGCACAUUCUCCCAGAACAUGACACAGAUCAUCAAGGAGGCGGCUCAGUACAGGGAAGGAACAGAUGAGGCUGAUGUAAAAGCUCCCAUCCCUGUGACCUGUCAGAAAGAUUCACUUGCUGACCUUGUGUUCCUGGUUGAUGAGUCAGUUGGGAGCAUACACAAUUUAAGGGAUUUACAGCGUUUCCUGAGGAACAUUACCUCCUCUGUGGAUGUCAAGGACAACUGUGUGAGGCUUGGACUUAUGAGAUACGGCGAGACGGCCGAGACCAUUUCUUUUCUGAAUUCAAGCAAAACCCAGUCAGAAUUUCAGCAGCAAAUCCAGAAGCUCUCUUUCCGCACUGGGAAGUCCAACGCCGGGGCUGCCAUUGAGAAGCUGAGGCAAGAGGGCUUCUCAGAGGCAGGCGGCAGCAGAAGGGCACAGGGCGUGCCCCAGAUAGCGGUGCUUAUCACGAGCCGAGCCUCCGAUGACCAGGUCCGUGACGCUGCCCUGAGCCUUCGGCUGGAGGGCACGACUGUGUUCACCAUGAACAUCCAAGGUGCUAACAACACCCAGUUAGAAGAAAUAGCUUCUUACCCUCCAGAACAGACUAUUUCUAAGCUGAAAUCGUAUGCAGAUUUGGCAGGUUAUAGCAAGAACUUCCUGAAAAAGUUCCAGAAUGAAAUAUGGUCCCAGAUUUCUACACAUGCUGAACAAAUGGAGCUCGAUAAAACAGGUUGUGUGGAUACAAAAGAGGCUGAUAUCUAUUUCCUCAUUGAUGGUUCAACGAGCAUCCAGAGACGAAACUUUGAGCAAAUCAAAGACUUCAUGUCAGCGGUGAUAGAGAUGUUCCGCAUUGGUCCGGACAAAGUCCAGAUUGGAGUUGUGCAGUAUUCCAAUAGGGUGGAAGUGGAAUUUGCUAGCAAUGUCUACUCCAAUGCUGUGGACUUAAAAAAGGCUGUUUUUAAUAUCAAGCAACUGCAAGGCGAGACUUUAACUGGAGCAGCCCUGCAUUUCAUGCUGUCAGAAAUACAGGAGGGCAGGAAGCAGAGGGCAAGUCAGGUCCCCUGUUACCUCAUUGUACUGACUGAUGGGAAGUCCAUGGACAGAGUCCUGGAACCUGCUGAGAGACUGAGGGCUGAACACAUCACCAUUUAUGCAGUAGGCAUUGGGGAGGCCAAUAAGAUGGAGCUGCAGCAAAUUGCUGGGAAAGAAGAAAGGGUUUACUUUGGGAACAAUUUUGAUGCAUUAAAAAGCAUAAAGAGAGAUGUUAUUCAUGACAUCUGCACUGAAAAAGGAUGUGAAGACAUGAAGACUGACAUCAUGUUUCUGGUGGACAGCUCUGGCAGUAUAGGACCUGAAAAUUUUGAGAAAAUGAAAAGCUUUAUGAAAAACCUGUCAGCUAAGCUUCAAAUUGGUGCAGACAAAAUCCAGAUUGGUGUUGUUCAAUUCAGUGGUGAUACUAAGGAAGAAUUCCAGCUUGAUAAGUACUUUACACAAAAAGAAAUUUUGGAUGCAAUAGACCGUCUGUAUCUCAUAGGCCAAAACACUUUGACUGGAAAGGCACUAAACUUUGUACCUCAAUACUUUACCUCCUCCAAGGGGGCCCGUUUUGAAGUCAGAAAGUUUCUCAUCCUCAUCACAGAUGGAGCUGCACAGGAUGAUGUGAGAGAUCCAGCUAAGGCUCUCCGGGAUAGAGGGGUGAUUAUCUUCUCUGUGGGGGUAUAUGGCGCCAAUAGAACUCAGCUAGAGGAGAUCAGUGGGGACAGCAGCCAGGUCUUCCAAGUUGAGAACUUCGAUCAUCUAAAGGCAAUAGAAAAUAAACUCAUCUUUCAUAUGUGUGCAGUCCAUGAUUGUAAAAGAAUUGAACUGUUAGAUGUUGUAUUUGUGCUGGAUCAUUCAGGCAGCAUACACCCACAACAGCAAGAAAGCAUGAUUGACCUAGCUGUCCGUUUGGUGAAUAAAACGCAUGUUGGCAGUGACCAAGUGCAGUUUGGAGCUCUCAGAUACUCUGACCACCCUGAGGUUCUUUUCUACCUUAAUACAUACUCAACCAAGCAAGCAAUCCGUGAAAAUCUGAGGAUGCGCAGGAGCACCGGAGGCAGUACCUACACUGCCCGGGCUCUUGAAUUCUCAAACAACCUGUUCACCGAGGAACAUGGCAGCCGCAUCAAGAAAAAUGUGAAACAGAUGCUCAUUGUCAUCACUGAUGGGGAGUCACAUGACCGAGAGAUGCUUAAUGAGGCAGCAUCGAAAUUAAGAGACAAAGGCAUCAUCAUCUAUGCAGUGGGUGUCGGAAAGGCCAACCAAAAUGAACUUGAGAUUAUAGCUGGGAAUAAAAACAAUACCAUACAUGUAGAUGAUUUCGACAAGCUGAAGGAUGUCUACCACACUCUGCAAGAAAGUAUGUGUAACAACUCACAAGAAGUGUGUAACAUCCCAAAGGCAGAUGUGAUUUUCCUUUGUGACAGCUCCAGCAGGGUAUCUGAUUCAGAGUUUGUUACCAUGACAACUUUCUUGUCAGACUUAAGUGAUAAUUUUGACAUUCAGUCUCAAAAAAUAAAACUUGGAUUAGCUCAGUUUGGGUCCAUCUACAAGGAACUUGUUGGGUUGAGUGACUCUCUGACCAAAAGCCAAUGGAAAAAUCAAAUUCAAACUAUUAAGAAGAUCAAUGGGUCUCCUCAAGUUGACCAUGCCCUUAGUAAAGUGAAGUUCAUGUUCGAUCCUUCGGUUGGUGGGAGAAGAAAUGCUGGUGUCCCUCAGACCUUGGUGGUUAUCCUGUCUGGGCCCCCUCAAGGUAACGUGUCAGAGGCUGUGAAAGACCUGAGAGACCUUGGAAUUUGCGUCCUGGCCUGGGGCGUAGGAGAUGUUCAAAAGCAGCAGCUCCUGUCAAUAACAGACAAUCCUGGAAAAAUAGUCACAUUUCAAGACUUUACUAAACUAAAAGAUAUGGAUGUGAGAAAAAGAAUGGUCCGUGAGAUCUGCCAGAGCUGUGGGAAAACGAAUUGCUUCGUGGACAUAGUGGUCGGUUUCGACAUUUCCACUCACCUGCCAGGGCAGCGGCUGUUCCACGGCCACUCCCCACUGGAAUCUUACCUCCCGGGCAUCUUAGAAGACAUCACCUCCAUCAGGGGAGUGAGUUGUGGGGCAGGUGCAGAGACGCAGGUGAGCGUGGCCUUUAAGGUGAACAGUGAAGAGAAUUUCCCUGCCAAGUUCCAAAUCUACCAGAAAGCGAUGUUUGGUAGUCUGCUACAGCCACUCACCGUCAAUGGGUCGAGCCAGCUGAAUGCACAGUUCUUGCAGUGGCUGUGGGACACGUUCGAGAGUCGAGAUACAGCGCAAGUUCAGGUGCUACUCAUCUUUUCAGAUGGCAUCGGUGGUCAAAGUAUCACCCUGCUUGAAGAUAAAUCUGAUCGACUCAGAGAAGCAGGACUUGAUGCUCUGCUGGUGGUAUCCCUAGAUCCAGCUGCUCAUGAUCAGUUUUCCAGCUUUGAAUUUGGAAAGGGAUUUGAUUACAGAACUCACCUGACAAUUGGAAUGAGAGAACUGGGUGGCCUGCUCUCACAGUACCUGGGAAACAUCGCAGAAAGGACUUGCUGCUGCACAUUUUGCAAGUGCACAGGGCCUCCAGGGCCUCCUGGGGCUCCAGGCGUGGCAAAUGUGAAGGGUUCUCCAGGUUUAAAAGGCAGCAGAGGACACCGGGGAGAGGAUGGAGACCCUGGAACAAGAGGAGAAAAGGGACUCCCGGGAGAAAAAGGGACUGCAGGAUGUCCAGGGGAACGGGGUCAGAAGGGAGCCCAAGGAUUUUGUGGACAAGAGGGAGAACAUGGUGAGGAUGGGAUUGAUGGAGUCAAUGGGGAAGAGGGCAUUCAUGGAUCUCCUGGAGAAAAGGGAGAAAACGGUGACCCAGGAUCUCAGGGCAGCCCAGGUAUCAGAGGUUCCCCUGGGGAGUAUGGAAAGAAGGGCUUCUCUGGGGAUCCCGGUAUUCCAGGAAUAAACAGCAACAUCAAAGGACAAAAGGGCUUCAAAGGAGGACAAGGAAGACAAGGUAGAACCGGACAAAAUGGAAUGAAAGGCAGUCCUGGUCCCAAAGGAAGCAGAGGAAGAGAAGGUCAAAGGGGAGUCCGGGGUCUUCCAGGGGUGCCAGGAAUCCCCGGACCCAAAGGUGAACUGGGACCCGAAGGAUUACAAGGCCCACAGGGGCGAAGGGGUCUCCCUGGCAGGAAAGGGGAAAAAGGAAGUCACGGGCCUGUAGGACCUCAGGGUUCUUCUGGGCCAAUGGGAGCCAAAGGGAAUCAUGGAAGACCUGGACCUCUGGGGAGAAAAGGAGAACCUGGAUUUUCUGGAGAUCGAGGACAAGUGGGACAAGCAGGACAGCGAGGAAAACAGGGAGAUAAUGGCAUCCCAGGCUAUGGUCAGAUGGGACGAAAAGGAAUAAAGGGCCCAAGAGGAUUCCUUGGUGAUAUGGGACAAAAGGGUAAUGUUGGUGAUCCUGGAAUUCCUGGAAGUCCUGGACCCAAAGGAUUUAAGGGACUAUCAGCCUUUGAAGGUUUGAAAGGUGAAGCAGGAUCUCGCGGACCCCCAGGUCCUCCUGGUCGGAGAGGCGUUAAAGGCAUGGCAGGAUUGCCCGUAUAUUCUCAGUGUGAUCUGAUCCAGUUCAUGCGGGACCAUAGUCCUUGUUGGAAAAAAAAAUGUCCAGUGUACCCAACAGAGCUGGUAUUUGCCCUGGACCAGUCAUAUGAUAUCACAGAACAAAGAUUUAAUGCAAUGGUUGACAUUAUGCACUCCAUCAUCAAUAACCUUCACAUCAUGGAAAAUAAUUGCCCUGUGGGAGCAAGAGUUGCCGUGACUGCCUAUGACUCACAUGCCUGGUAUCUUAUCCGUUGGUUUGACUACCAUAAUAAGAAGCAACUCCUCCAGCUUCUUUCCCAGAUAAAUUAUCAACCCCCCACAGCACCCCAAGACAUUGGUAAUGCAAUGAGGUUUGUGGCCCGGAACGUCUUCAAGCGGACCUAUGCAGGACCCAACGUGAGGAGAGUGGCUGUGUUUUUUAGCAACAGACAAGCAGCCAGUCUGUCAUCCAUCAUCACAGCCACCAUGGAGUUUAGUGCCUGGGAUAUCAGUCCAGCAGUCAUUGCUUUUAAUGAAAGGGUUUUCCUCGAUGAGGCUUUUGAGUUUGAUAACACCGGAACAUUUCAGGUGAUUCCCAUUCCUCCAUAUGGGCAAUCUGAAUCUGAACAAAUAGAAAGACUUUGGAACUGUACACUUUGCUAUGAUAAAUGUUUUCCAAAUGUUUGCGCCAAAGAGAUUAUUUUACCUGAAGACUCAUACAUGGAUGUUGCCUUACUCUUAGAAAAUUCUCAGUAUAUAGUAAAUGAUGAGCUUCAGGCACUGAAAACUUUGGUGAGCUCAAUGCUUGACAGCUUCAACAUCGCUUCAGCCCCUUUAAGCUCAAACGGUGAUAGGAUUGCUUUGUUGAGCUAUUCUCCUUGGGAUAGUUCCAUAAGGAGGGGCGCAGUAAAAACAGAGUUUGACUUUACAGCUUAUAGCGACAAAUUACUAAUGAAGAAUUACAUUCAGACUCACCUGCAACAGCUAAGUGGAGAAGCUACCAUUAGUGACUCCCUUAAAUGGACCAUAGAGAAUCUCUUCCCAAGAACACCUAACCUGAGGCGACACAAGGUCAUCUUUGUGGUGUCAGCUGGAGAAAAUUAUGAGAAAAGACAUUUCUUAGAGAGGAUUGCUUUGAGGGCCAAAUGUCAAGGCUUUGUCAUAGUUGUGAUAUCCCUGGGCCCAACACACAAGGAUCAUCUGGAGGAGUUAGCCAGUGACCCACGUGAUCACCAUCUGAUACGGCUUGGGAGAAUUCAUAAACCUGAUCUGGAUUAUAUUGUGAAGUCUUUAAAGCCAGUUGUAUACUCAAUCAGACGAGGACUCAACCAGUACCCAUCACAAAUGCUCAAGAAUAUCUGUAGACACAUCCAUACAGAAGAAGAGGAUUAUCCUCUAUUUACUCCUAAGCCUCAAGAGAUUGCUUUGGGAGAAAACAGGUUCAUUGAGCAGGAAUUCAGUGCUAGGAGAGACUCACCUUUGGUGUUGGAGGACAAUGGAAGUGACCACUUGGUUUACCUUCCAAACCACAUGGUAAUGCCCCAAGAAUUAAUGAUCAACUAUGAAAAAGUUCAAGAUUCUGAAGAAGUUGCAAGUCUCACUUCUGGAGAUGAAAAUCAUGGCAGAAAAGAAGAACUAGGUCUUACUUACCAACCUGGAGAUGCCUCUCUUCAAGAAUAUUACAUGGAUGUGGCUUUCCUCAUAGAUGCUUCCCACAGAGUAGGAAAUGAUGACUUUGAGGAAGUGAAAGCUUUUAUAAUCUCAGUGCUCGAUUACUUUCAUGUAGCCCCAGACCCACUGACCUCUACCUUAGGAGAUAGAGUGGCAGUCCUGAGCUACUCACCUUCAGGCUAUAUGCCCAACACUGAAGAAUGCCCUGUCUACCUGGAAUUUGACUUGGUUACUUAUAGCAGUGUAUACCAAAUGAAACAUCAUCUCCAAAACUCUCUUCUAAAGCUUAAUGGAGAUGUUUUUAUUGGCCAUGCCCUGCAGUGGACAAUUGAUAAUGUCUUUGCAAGAACCCCCAACUUAAAGAAAAACAAAGUUAUCUUUGUUAUAUCUGCUGGUGAAACCAACCCACUAGACAAGGAAGUCUUAAGAAACGUGUCUCUGAGAGCCAAGUGUGAGGGCUACUCCAUAUUCGUGUUUUCUUUUGGUCCAACACACAAUGAGAAGGAGUUAGAAGAAUUAGCCAGCCACCCACUGGAUCAUCACUUGGUCCAACUCGGCCGAACCCACAAACCAGAUUUGAACUAUAUCAUCAAGUUUAUCAAGCCAUUUGUCCAUUUAAUCAGACGUGCCAUCAACAAAUAUCCCCCUGCAGAUCUGAGACUCAAGUGUGUCAACAUCACCUUCCCCACCCCAGAGAAUGUUGGCACAGAAAACAUUGUAUUCCUUAUUCCUGGGGUAUAUGAAAUAGAGACAGAAAACGGUGAGCUGUCUGAUGAAUUUGGUUCCCAGGAACAGCAUUUCUUUGCAUUAGGGAAUAAUCAGAGUAAUGGCUCUGGGACCACUACUGAUUUGAUCCAGAAGUUAUACUUGCUCUUUUCAACUGGGGAACUGAGGACAAAAGACAAGGAAGAGGCACAUUCAGAAGAAAUUACAGCUCUAGCAAAUGAUAAACCGCGAGAUGAAAAAGAUGGUGAGGACGUGAGAUUACCAUAGCAGCCAAGAAGAUAGCUCCCAGGAUUUGCGGGGCUGCAUAUAGUUCUAACCAGAGAGCGUACACCUUCUGCUGGAGGGCAAGCAGCCAAGUGGCAAGUUGCAGGGACUUUUUGUGGAGCUAAUAGCUUGCUAAGUUUACUAUCAGUUUCAAAUCUGAGGGCAAGGCUUUUCUGAGUGAAACAUUCUCAGAAUGUAGGAAUGAUUUCAUUACUCCUGAGAAUUGGGACAACUGACCUUGAAUUAUUAACUGAGUCUUCUUUGACAGCUCUGCAUAGUUCCACCAUCAGUUCUGAUGAUGCAUCUGCCUAAAUAAAAAUUUUGUCACCAUUUUCAUCACAUGAGUAAAGGGCAGUUAGAAUUAGAAUUUCCUUGGCAUGUCUUCUGUCUAUUCAUAGAUAGAGAAAUGCAUGCUCCUGUCAUCAGUUCUGGUAGGACCCUGGUGUUGCACCCAGCCUUGAGUACCCAUUUGAUUGUUCUUGUCACCAUCAUCCUGCUCUUUACCAGGACAUUUACCAAAGAAUGGAAUUGGUGAGAAAGGAAAAAAUGACGAGUCUCAUUUUUAUGAGGUGCUGUUUUAUGCUGUGAUUAUGUUACAUUUUAGUAUGCUUUGCUUUGUCUUUUGCUUGAUUUUUGCUGGGAAGAAAAUAUGGAAAAGCUUGAAGACUCUAUAUGACCAGAAUUCAUCUUGGGAAUUAUAGCACUGAAGAGACAAGUUUUAAAAUAAAAUCAAGUCUGACCUGGAAGCUCGUACUGUUCUUUUUUUUUUUUUUAAGUGUAGUCUAAUUCAUACCCAUUAGAACUCUAGUAGAGAACAAAACAUUUGGAAAACAUAAAUAAAAUGUAAAAUAAGCCAAUAGUGAAUUCAUCCUA